AUGAAGGUCGUGAAGCUCAAAACCACUUCAGGCAAGGACGCCAUGGUUAAACUUGACUCCGGACACAGAGAUACUCAAGAUGUUAUGGAAAGGGAAGUACAUGAACAACCCGUCAAGAUGGGAGUUACAGAUAUUGUUGAUGCUUCUUUCGAUAAUGCUGGCGAUGCAGAAACUGAAGUGACUGGCAUCAGCAGUGAAAAACGAUUUGGUUCCACAUUUGUCGAUGACGCUGAUGAUUUGCAGCUUCAGCAACUACAAGACGAGUUGUCAGAUGAUUUGGUAGAUUCUGGGGAUGAUGCGACUCCUUUUCCAUCCCAGAAUGUUGUAUUGAGGAGGAAGUUAAGGAUGGUGAUUGAAGCAGAGGAUGAGGAAUAA